GCAAAAUCUGCAGUGUUGAUUUGUGUUGAAUUUUCCAGUGUUAAAUAUUUCGAGUUGAUAAGUGUUGAUCUUAGUGUUGUUUUGAGCACAUCCAGUGUUAAAACAGAAUUUGGGGCGGAGCUUUGUGCUGCAACGGCUGACGGAGUUAUUUCAAAGUCUGUUGGCGGUUUUUUCUCGGAGAGCGGAGGAGGAAAGUCGUCUGCGACAUUCAUUUCAAAAGGUUUCUGUUAACUGCCACUAUGCUGCUAAAGGUCAAAUAUGAAAGUACCAAAAAAUACAUCCGAUUACAGUCAGGAUUUACCUAUGCAGAUGUCAUCUGUGAAGUAAAAAACAAGUUUGGACUUCCAGAUGGAACUGAGCUUCACAUUUUUGACGACUUUGACACAGCAGUGGAGGAAGAUGUUCUUCUUGAACUUAUAGAAAGCAAACCUGACCUGUGUCUGACUGUUUGUGACAGCAUAUCAGACAAACAUUCAUGUCCAUCCACCCUCCCUGAAGAACAGUCAGUCACUUUAAGUGUGACUGAUUUCUUUAGAGAGCUAGGAAUUCCCACUGUCAGAGAUGGAACAAGCUGCGAGGUCUUAAGUAAAUCAACCACUGAGAUUUCUGAGUCAGAUGCUGCAAAAGAGAUGGUUGAAAAUGCCUUGCAUGCGAAGCCAGGAGGUGAGGAUGUUCUAGAUGAGUACAAGUCAGAAAAUUCACUAAAGCAUGGGACCCGAAGGAAGCUUGUCAACAUAUUGGUUAGCCAUAUGACUGAGUUACAUGGGAGGAUUCCAUCUCACAAACAGAAAGAGAAGUAUGCCCUUGGAAUCAUAACACUUUUUCCUUCACUGCGGGACCCCUUUUCUCCAAAGGGCUAUGAACACUUUUAUGAUGCACAAAAGGGCACUGGAUAUUUAGCAUGGCGCCUCAAGACCAUAUCCAGAAAGAAGUAUCAGAGGCCGGUCAAAGUAGCUAAAGAUCUUGAAGCCCAUGGACCAAACCGCAAAAGAUCAGCAGAUGGAGUGCCUCAGCAACUUACUGGAGAUGCCUGCAAAGAGGCAAUAUCAUUUCUUCUCCAUUGUAAUGACGACACAAGUGUUAUGGAAAAGAUGAAGAAGACCUUUAAACACCGCCAGGAACUGAUCCAUGAUCCACAAAGAACAGAAGAAGUCUUCAAAGUCUUUCCACGUUUUUUAGAUGUCAAAGGACUUCUUAACCAAGACUUUGUGCUGGUGUUUGGAGCUGAAACUGCCUCGAGGAUGCUUGAAAAGUGGGACACGACAUUUAAGCAAAAGAUCAUUGAGGAGGCCAAACACCUGACACGGACAAAUGAAUUGUUUCAACUUUUGAAAGCUGCUGAAAACUUAACAGAGAAUGAUGAGACCAACUGGGACAGUGAUAUGGCUUCACUGCUGCUCCUUCUUCAUCUGUUGCCACCCACAGCAGGACGAAAGAGGAUUAAAAUAAGCCCCACUGAUGCUGUACCUAAAAUGGUGCACUUUCAUAAGUCAUGUUGCAGCAUUGGUGAACACCUGCAAAAACGUGAAGGCAAGCAACCCUACAUCCUUGCCAUUGGCCAAACCCAGAACAAAAUUGAGACCUUCUACAUCAUUGUGGACAAACAGCUCAUUCCCUGCCAAGCCACUAGUUCACUGGGCGCGUUUGAUGAACUCUUUAAAUCCCACUAUGUUUUCAACUUGUCCUAUGAGGAAUCCCUGGUCCAGCUCUACACUUUUGUUCAAACAACCAUCUUUAACAUCGAUGUCACAACAACAGACGAGUCUCCGAGAGUUCGUGAGUUGCGUGCUAAACUGCUCAACUAGCUUAAAAUAUGUUUAAGUGUUUCAUUUGUCAGGCUGUUCAUGUGACCUGUAAGUCUUUGACAAUCCAUUUAAGACUUGACCAUAGUUUUUAUCCAAGCACCAGGUUUAAGUUGCUUUGUGCACAAGGUUGUUGUAGGCGUCAGUUUUCAACUUAUUCUGGUUUCAAAAAGCAUUUGGAAACUGUUCACAGGGACAAGUUACAGAGUGGUAAUUCAGCAAACUUAGAACCAUUUGAGGCCCCUUCUUUCAAUGACACAACAGAAGUAAAUUCGGCAGAUGAAACUCUGAGGUCAGAGGCUGGAUGUUCUGAGAAUAGUGGAUCAAGUCCUCAAAAGGAGAAUGUUAAAAGUAUCUGCACUUCAAUUAUAGCUAAACUCCAAGGAAGUGGAAUGGCAAACAGUGUUGUUUCAACUAUAAUUAGUGAUAUGCAAGAACUUACAACUGAAAUGCAGUCUCAAAUCAAAGUUGAAGUUUUGUCUGCUUUGCCUCCAGACAACCCAAUAAGACCUUCACUAGAAAAAACCUUUGACAAAUUUGAAAAUCCCUUUUUGAGCUUUAACACAGAAACAAAAAGAGUAAAAUACUUCAAGAACAAAUGGGGGAUAGUUGAGCCUGUAGAAAUAAUGUUAGGUGUUCGAUUUGACAAUCGUAAAAAUAAACAAACAGGCACUUACGAUCAAGUUCCAGUUAAAGAUACAUUUGUUUACAUUCCGAUUUUAGAAACAAUUAAAUUUAUAUGCCGAAAUUCUGAAAUAUGUAAACUUCUCAAACAUCAUCACUUCUCAAAAACUAAUGUACUUGAAGACUUUUGCGAUGGAAGUUAUUUUAAAGCACACCCACUUUUCUCAGAAAAGCCAAAUUCUCUACAAAUUCUGUUGUAUUAUGAUGAUUUCGAAACAGCUAACCCACUUGGUUCAAAACGCACUGUUCAUAAAGUUGGUGCCCUCUAUUUUGUCCUUAGAAAUUUGCCAGCCAAGUUUAAUUCUGCUCUCAUGAACAUUCAUUUGGUUGCACUGUUUCACACAGAUGAUGUUAAGAAAUAUGGCUUUGAUCCUAUUCUGCAGCCUCUGAUUAAUGAUAUCAAAAUAUUGGAACACGAAGGCCUUUACCUUCCAUUCUCCACAGAAAAAGUCCAUGGAACCAUCUGUCAGAUAACUGGGGACAACCUAGGAAUGCACACAAUUCUGGGUUUUACAGAGUCUUUUAAUGGGCAUUAUUUUUGUCGUUUGUGCUUGAUUGAAAAAGAUGAUGCCCAGAGAAUUUACAAUGAGGACGAUUUCCAGGUAACUCUGCGUGAAAGAAAUGUUUUUGAAAUGCAUUGCAAACAAUUACAGUCGGAGCCACAAAAGUCAUCUGUUUUUGGCUUAAAGCAAAAUUCACCACUGAAUAGUCUGCUUUACUUUCAUGUUUCAAACAAUUUCUCAUUUGACAUAAUGCAUGACAUUCUUGAAGGGGUGGCUCAAUAUGAGAUAAAGUUAUUGUUGGAAUAUCUGUCAGAAAAUUUUUUGUCAAAAUUUGAGCUACUGUCCAGAAUUUAUGCUUUUGACUACGGGUACCUGGAACGCAAAAAUCGCCCUACCAGGCUUACUUUGGACAGUUGUGGCAACAGUGUUGGACUGAAUGCCAUUCAGACCCUGUGUCUUGUUAGAAACAUUCCCUUGGUCUUUGGGGAUAUUGUGCCGGAAGGAAACCAAAACUGGACAUUGCUGCUUCUGUUACUCCAGAUAAUUAACAUAGUGUUUUCAACUUCUGUUUCAUUCGGUAUGACUGUGCUUUUGAAAUAUUUAAUAAUUGAACAUCACAGCCUGUUUAAAGUGUUGUAUCCAGGUAGAAAUCUUAUUCCCAAACACCAUUUCAUGAUACAUUACCCAGCUUGCAUAAGAAAAAUUGGACCUUUGAUACAUAUGUGGAGCAUGAGAUUUGAAGCAAAACACAAGAUUUUCAAAAACACUCUUAAAAACUUUAAGAACAUUACUAAAUCCCUUGCAAAAAAACACCAGAUGUCACUUGGGUAUCAUUGGGAGACAUCACAAUUAGACAGCAUUGAGUAUGGGCCUUUGAAGUCAUUUAAUCUAAAAAAUGAGCCCAAUGUUGACAUGUUUUUAAGAGCUCUGAAUUUUUCACCAGAAAAAAUCUUUUCAGCUAAUUGGAUUAAAAUAUGUGGUACAGAGUACAGGCAAGGACUAAUAAUCUGCAGUGAUAUUGUUGAUGAAAUUCCAAUGUUUGGUAGGAUACAAAAGAUCCUUUUAUUAAACACAGAGAUCUACUUCCUUGUAGACAAGCUUGUGGUGGAACAUUUCAAUGAGCAUUUUCAUGCGUACAAAGUGUUCAUAAGUAAUGAAAAUGAUUUCAUUAAAGCAGACUGUCUUGCCAUUCACAGGCCGUUUGACUUACAAAGUGCCUACAGUGAAGACGACAGCAUUUAUAUUGUACCUCUGUGUUUGUUGUAAUGAUGGUCAAAUUUACCUUGUGCGCAAAAUGUUAUGGUGCUUGGAUGAUUUGUUACUCUUAAUAAAGAGUUCAAAGCUUUCUCAAAUGUCAUAAUAUUUC